AAGAAACCGGCGUCGUUCGCAAUGUGCUCAACCACAUGUCGCUUGGUAAUUAUACUGGCCUCGCGACCAGGAUUGACAUCGACGAUUUGAAGCGUCUCUGCUGGUUAUGGGAAUGGGAUGGGAAGGCAUUAUCGUCCAAGUCAGGCAACACCACAGGGAAGGGGAAAGCCAAGGACGACGGUGAAGAAGAUAACCCGUUCUUGGAUGAUGCGAAACCCGCCGCAAAAGUUCCUGCCAAGGACUGGACCAGAGGAGGGAUGGGCAUCGUGAUCACCCAGGCGACUCACCAUCAGAAGUCCAAGGCGAACAGGGUCCCGGCGUACGGGAUCGGCAUCGAGAUUGAAAUGGAUAUUGACAAGGACAUGAGGGGCGGUAUGGCGGCCGUAGCACGCUGGGCAGCCGGGAGCGCUACUCGAGGACGAGAAGUCCUGGCCAAGCUGCAGCAGUGGGUGAAGCUGCAUGCGCAGGAGGAAUCAAUACCCCCGAUCCCCAUUGCCGACCUACCUCCCCUACCUGCAGUUCAGAAGCCGUCAACCCUGACGCGUCUUUUGGCCUCCUCGUCCCCAAAGUCCCCUUCUGCGUCUUCCAUUCUUGCUGCGCCUCAGCCGCCUGGCUCGCCCACGCGCGGAGCAUCCAGGUCGCCCUCCAAAUCCCCAAACAAGAAAGCUUCCGACUUCGCCGUUCCAUUCCCUUCCACACCUUCUAGCCGGUUGGCCACGCCUUCUACGAACCGCAUUCUCAAAACGCCUUCCACGGAUCGCAUCU